CGACUAUGUGUCAUUGUUUUUUGUCAAUCGCGGACAGGUGUCAAGAGAAAUUUUUUGCAGGUGAAAAUUCAACAAUUCGACUAAGCAGAAUUUGUGCAAAAUUACUUUCUAUCGAUUGUCAUCGGGUCCUCGUAACGAAUCGAAUCCCAUCGCCUGCACUUCCGGGCGUAUUUCGUGCUAUUCUGCCGCCCACACACCGGAAUUUUGAAGAGAACUAUUGAUCGGGUCGUAUGUGAAGUACUCCCUAAGAAAGUCACAGCUGUCGCCCGCAGUACGCAAAAAACUAGUAAAUGGCCUUCGGCAGCUGGAAGGGGUUUCGUGCGCAGAAAACAUCACAAAUCGUUACGUGGAACUUUAAAGUCUCGAAGCAUUGCGAAAUUUACCUGUGAUUUGAAGAAAGAAAAGUAAAUAGCUUCGCGACAAUUAGCUGAGCGCUGCCGACAUUUUAUCGCGUGCAAAAUUGGAAAAGUAAUUUUCACACGACAGACGAAAUUGUGGAUUGUAAAACACUCGUCCAGGCUUCUGGAAUUAUUCUUGUAAUCAUGUCGAACACAAUUCCGCCUCUUUUGUGCAGCACCCCGCCACCAAUCGACUUCGACGACGGCGGAGGUAGCAACGAAAAUGACGAUUUCGAAGCAUUUGAGUCAGCCGAUGGCGAGUAUGGUCAAUUCGACGGGCCAUCUGAAUCAAACACACCACAACAUUCACUUGAUAAAUUUCACAAGGAACUAGAAAUACCGAUACCGAGUUUCUCGCCAUUUCCGAUAAAUACACCGAUUGAUAUAGCAAAGCAAGAAAAGGCAGAAAAUAUCACAGAUGAUCCUGGUGGUUCGAAACUGAAAGAAAAAGACGAUAAUCCAAAUCCUAGUAUACCGAAAAGGGAUUCGGCUUCCCAACCUUAUGAAUCCAAUAUCCAACAAAACUAUAAGGCAAAUUCAUCGAAAGACCCCAUAGAAUUUAUUAUGAAUGAGCCACCCCCUAUCGAUAUUGGAUAUAGUAGUGAAUCACAAUCACCAAAGAAUUCGCGGGGCGACAGUCCACUUUCACUUGAAUUUAGCCCGGGAAAUUUAUCCGAUGACGAUGAUAGUAUAGAGUUUCAAAUUGUAAAUGAGUCCCGUUAUGAUGACAAUACGUCGUUGCCGUCCUUGAAAUUCGACGCGAUAAACAUAUCGAAAAGCGCCACUCCUAUUCCAGAAGAUAAACCAAAAGUGACGAAAAGUCCUGUUUUUGAUGAAAUGCCACCCUUUGACAAGGACGAUCAUUCAAAUAUAAGUGCCUUCGAAUCGAAAGAAUCAAUCACUCUCACAGAAGAAUCAAGCGAAUUUGGCCAAGGUGGCGAUUGUAAAAGAGACUGUAAUGAGGAACAGAGGCAUUGCCGGGGAGAAUCAAAGGGUAGUAUAGAAAAUUUUCCAAAUCCCAAACCGCCAGAAGAUAACACUUCAAAAGCGGAGGUGGCGACUUCGGAGGAUCGAAUAACAGAUGCGAUAAAUUCUUCCGCCCAGAGAGAGGAAUCGACUUCAGUAAUUGCCUUAAACCCGAAUGAUAAUAUAGGUUCGCAUUCUGAACCGGAUCCAGAAGGAAAAUAUUGUGAAUUACUCCCAAGCAACGAUAUAACAAAUGAUAUUUCUACCUUGGAAAGAAACAAAACUGUUGAACUGAAACCUGCCGAAGUGAGUAGAACCGAGACAUCUGCCAAAAGCAACAGGGAAGAAACCGUUUUUGAAGCUGAUUUCAGUCAGGCUCACUUACCACCAUUAGAAUCCAAUUUUGCAAGCUAUACAAAAGAAACUGAUAUACCGAGAACUGAUACCCUUGAGACGAAUGACGAACAAAAUGAUUUUGAUGACGAUUUUGAAGAAUUUCAAGAUUUUACGACAGCCAAAGAUACCAAAAUAGAAAGUGGGAAACAAAAUAUCGAAGAAAAAAUUGUAGUAGCAGAGGAGGACGAUGAUUUUGGAGACUUCAACGAUUUUCAAGAGAGCGGCGGCACCAGUGGUGCGGUUCCACAAACUCCACCGAUAAAUCCAGAAAAGAUCAAUGAUAAGUUAAAAAACGUGUUAGAGGCAAUGUUUCCUGUAAGCGACAUAUUGUCUGCCAACUUAGGAAGCGAUAUUAGCACCUUCCCUAAAAUUUCGGACAAUGACCUGACAACUAAUCUUCGGGAAAUUGAUUCAGCAAAGGCUCUCGAAUACCAGUGGUUGCGAUCGAACGUUAAGAAUUCUUUGGUAAAAUCGUUGGGAAUCGAUUCACGGAAUAUUCUGUAUGGUGAAAAAUGGAACAAUUCUAUGCCGCGAUUCGCUGCAAAUCUCGGAUUUGGCCCUUUGGAACCACUCAAACCAACGAAAUUUACUCCGGACACUUCCUCAUCGAGAAACUCGAAAGCAACUUCAUCUGGUUCAUCGGAAAAGCCAUCGAUGAGUACAAAUGAUGUUCCAGCGGUUAAAUUUGAUUGGAAUAGUUCGGGUCUGGUUAAUCCGUUGGAUGCAUCACAUGCACACACUUUACUAUUGGAUCUAGACCAACUAGUGGUGGUGGCUAAUCUAGAUAAAAUAAAACUUGAUUCCUCCUCUCCAUGUUCAUCUGCUUCGUUAACAUGUACGACAACUACUGCUACUCCUACUAUUGCUCUUUCGUCUGGUGAUAAUAUUGCUACUACUUAUAAUUGUGUGCGUAAAUCAAAUUUAACGACAACGGAUAAUCAUGAAAAUGCUCAUGCGGAUGACAAAUACUUUGAUGUAAUAUGUCUUGAUCAUGAACGAAACUCGGCCUUUGACUUCGGUGGGGGUGACUCUAAUGCUUGGAAUAAUAACAACCAUAAUAUGAACAACACGGCAAUGGAUAACAUGAAAACAUUAAAAUCUGCUAUUGCUACAAAUAACAUUCACUUUAUAAACGUUAACUCUGUAUCUAAAACUGCUCAUAUUGGAUCCGUAAACAAAUCGCAUAAUGAUAUGUUCGACCAAUAUUUGGAUUGUAGGGUUAAAGAGAUCCUACACGAAGGAAAAACUGAAACGAUUUACCCGACGAAGCCUAACAACACUAAUGAGCCCAGUCACAUCACACCGCCCGAAAAAAAUACAACCACAAUCGAACAAACGACCACCGACAGCAACUCAUGUUUAUCAGACGUCAACAAUGAUCUGAAAAAUCUAGAAGACAUUGCUGAUCGCGUUAUGAUCGCGACAAACAAGGAAAGCUUGAAAUCAGACGAAGAUUUUACUAAAUCGCCGCCGACAUUACUGACAACUUCGAAACUGAUUCCUUUGAAGGAAACUCAUAUCUUUACACCUAGCAAAUCAGAAGGUACUAUUUCUCGAAGCGUAAACAAAAGCAAUGAUAAGGGUCCAAUUGAUUUUGACUAUGAAAUAGCGGCAGCCGGUAUCGUUAUAAACGAACAAGUAGUGAAAAAAGAAUAUAGAGAUAUUGUUUACAAUCCAGACGCACAAACUAAAGAUUCGUUGGAAGGAUUCUCAGCUGAAAUUAGCCAAGGUAACAAUGGAGUAGACCAAAACGUUCCCGUUGUCGACCCGAAUAAAUGCUCCCGACAAAAAUUAAGUGGUCCCGAUCUUCUAAGUGGGCCAAUUUUAAAUAUAUUGGAAAAGAAGGCAGACCCCAUAACAGAAGCGAAAUGUGAUUUAGCUGAUGAGUUCACCGAUUUUCAACAAAGUAUAUCCGUUUCAGAGAAACAACAGCCCCCCACUUUCCUACCUGCUCAAGGGAUCAUAGAAACGAACUCAAGGGUACCGGAAAAAGAUUCGACUGCAAACGAGAAGCAUGUUAAGGCUACCUUUGACGAUGAAUUUUCUGAUUUUCAAUCAAUGCCACCACCAGAACCCAGCCAACUAAAAUCCAUGUCAGAGAAACCCAAAAGUCGCACUCAAACUCCGAUCCUGAACGAUGAAAUGAUUUUAAGUCCCGCCGUCCUCCUACCACAAGCUAUUCAGCUUAAAAGUUCUGAACCAAAAAUCAACUGGCCUAGCGAUUCAGAGAUAAAUCCGGAAGAAUUAGCAAGGCUUGAACAACUUUUCCCACAGGCAAAGCAAGUAACAGCGCAAACAGUUGUUCUGAAUAAAACUUCAGAUGUAGCAAGCGCAAAUUCAUCUCCUAAGAAGGAGCAGAAAGAUGAAGAUGAUUGGUCGGACUUCGUUUCAGUUCAACCAGAUGUAAAUAGUGCAAACGUAAGAUUGCAAAAUCCCUCCACCCAGACGUCCAUCCCACUAAGUACAAUAUCCAAAACUUACGACGACGAUGACUGGUCAGACUUUGUGUCAGGCACACCAGCUUCCACGGCAAACUCAAGCAAUUAUCCACAAAUCAACAGACAACAAUGGAAUUCAACUCAAUUGCCACCACCACAAUUCAUGGCGUGGAAUCAACCUAGUGUGUAUAAUAACUUGCCGCCACUGACAUCACAAGGAGGAUUCUCCUCAGCUCAGCCAGCAACAUCACAUAUGAAUUUUCAACCGCAAUUCAACAAUCCAACAACAGUGCCAACAAUGUCUGCAAAAAAUGUAUAUCAACCAAAUAUCCAUAAUAGUAACACCAACUUUCUAACGAACGGCCAUUUAAAUCACACUGGCGUCAGUCAAUUACCACAGCAACAUCAACAACAUGAUCUUAAAUUUAGCCAGCAAAAUCACUUACAAUACCAAGGACAGCCGUCAUUCUCAAAUCAACAACAAAUCCGGCAGCCACCGCUACAACAACAACAUAUUAGUCCUAAUUUGAACACAAACAUUAAUGUACUUAGAAGUCAAUUAAAUAUGGCACCAAGCAUAUCGUUACUUCCCGACCUAAGUUUCGCGGCUCCAAAAUCUCUUGUGAAUUUGACAAGAACAAACGCUAGUAACAAAAAAUGAUUAAUAAUGUAUGACCAAGUUGGCGAAUUUUACAAUGGUGAUAUCAUUUCCUAACACUUACUCCCAAUUAAUUUGUCUGGUGAUUUAGAUGGGAAGUCUGUUUGUCUGGCUGCAUAACUGGCCGGUGUUUUUGGUUUCUUUCCCAGAGAGUAUAAAAUUCAUCCGUCCUUCCAUGCUUUCCAAAGCCUUUGUCAACAAUUAAAUUUGGCGACAGGCAGAUAAACAGUUAUUACUCCUGUUGCAACGCUCAAUCGACGCAGAUCUGACAAUCUUAGCCAAUUCUAGAUGUAUAUAUUUUCUUCAAGUGGUUGAAAUAUUCUUUGCCAAAUCUUGUGGUGGCGAAAAAAAUGCAAAGGAACAGUCCAAAUUUCUCAAUUCGCAUAAUUGAUACCGGCAUUAAAAAUUUAUCUGAAGAAAUUCGGUCCAUUCACUGGGUACUCAAAUUUUUUACUUGAAACAAUGGAAUUAGAGACGUUAAUAUUCACUCUCACCACAUCGAGAAUUCAGUAAUGCAGCUAGACUUCAAUUGAAUUCGAGGAGCUAAGGCAGCGAGGUCAUACAGAGCAUGUUUUAUUAAUGGAAAAAAAGUAAUUUAUUAUCAUAUAAUAUAUGAUCUAAGAAGUACCUACUUAAUCGUUUCUUCGUUAUGAAAGAUUGAAGCGUUUGUAUUAUUUUGCUUAUCCUCAAAAGCGUUUCUGUGGAAGAACAAUAAUAAGAGAAAUUGAAUCUGAGUUACUUUAAUCCAUCAGCUGUAGAUUUAAGCCCUUACUGCUGGGUCAUAAAAUAAUGGUAAAGAAAUCUCUCACAACCAUUUGACGCUUCAUCCAUUUUCACUUAAAACUGAGUGAGAAUGUAUCAAUGACAAGCAGUAUGAGGAAAGUCUAGUUUUUGGAGGAAUAACUGAUCAUUUGGCUCCAACUUCCACAGUAUUCAGCAGUAAAUAUUUUGGUCUCUAUGUUGUCAUCAUUUCCACAGUAUUCAAUAUAUAAAAAUAAUGCAUAUAAAAAAGAAUGUGCCAAUAUAUUACAUUUAUCCAGAUUAGUUCUGAUCAUUGCAACUGCUUUCAAGCCACUUUUUGUAGGUGGACUCUAAUCUCUCUCCCCUAUAUAUGAUUUUAUACUUUAUUGUGAUUUGUUUUAGGUAUUGAUUUUUAGAUGUCGGUGUUUCAUGUAAUGAAUCCCAAGGAAAUCCUGCACUGACAGUGGUGGAACAUCAAUCCUCUUUAAUGUUAAAAAAAUUGGGGAGAAAAAUAUAUGGGUGGUGCCCAUUUUAAUUAGUAUUACUGACUUUGUUUUAUUAUUUAUACAAGAAUAAUUCUAAGGUAUCUAUGAAUAAAAAGAUAAACCGAUGUGAGUCGAACGAAAACAUGUAGGUAAACUAUGAUGGUGUGUUGUAUUAGAAAAUAACAAAAGUUGUUAUAGGCGUAAUUGAAAUUCUAAGUUGUCAUUCGCUGUAUAAUUUUCUGUUUUUCUUGGAAGAUAUUUAUGUCCCGUGUACAUAAGAAUGGUGUAUUUGAAUCAAAAUUAGAUUGUUUUCUGGCGAAAGAAUAGAAGUUAUAUAUUGAAUGUGAAUAAGUUGAAUAGAACAAGCUUAAAUAAUUAAGUAAAAAAUAAUAAUUUAUGCAGUUACAUACAUUCCAAA